UCGGUUAAAUUAAAAUAAAUCGAGUUUGUAAAUAUAUUCGUUAGAAAAGUGAAAUGGUCGCGAAUGUGUUCGGGUUGACGAAGUGCCAGCGAAAGGGGAAAAUAAUACAAAUUUGCAUUUGAAAUUUACUUAAAUUGAAACAACAACUGUUACAGCAAGCGAAAAGAGGAGCGCCUCCAAUACCUUAGGCAGCGCAUUUGAGUGAAGUGAAAUAUGAGUUGAAAUUCAAAUGAAAAAGCAGAAAAACUAAAAACGUGGACUUAAAAAGACCGCAUAAAAAUAUCCAACUGAAUGAGUUCAAUUAAAAAAUAAUGCAGAAGUGAGUGUAGCAAAAAUUAAGAUUUAUCAGCCAGCCAGUGCGAUCGGUAUACGCCACGACGUAGCGCUCAAGUAGGAAAUUCAUAAAAUAAUACAACAAAUGAGGUCGACCACAAAUACCCCAAAAGUGCGUGAAUAACAAAAGAAAUAUUACUAAAAACAAAAAAAUAAAAUAAAAAACGUCCAUUAAUAAAUAAACGUUGCCUGUGAGUGUGCAUGCAAACAGUAGCAACAACAAUUCAAUACUAUAAACAUUAUUGCAAAAAAGUGAAAUACUAAGUGCAUGAGAAGAUCGGCGGAAUCAGAAAUGAACAGCGUUGACGGCGCACCCAAUGCCACGAUUUUAGCUGAGGGAGCCCCAACGAUCGCGACAGUAAGGAGCAGAGAAACCACAAAUAAUGCAACUACCACUACUGUGAGUGCUAAAACAACAGAAUUAACAACAACAACCAUAAACGUAAUAAACGUAAUAAAAACAACGGACGCUGAUGCCACCGACGAAUUCCACGAAAGCGACAAAAAUGUACAAGUUGUCGUCGUCGUCGUUGGUGAAGAGCAGCUACGGCAACAGCAACAGCGUAAUGAAGCGCCAAUAAUAAUAGCAACAAAAUCUGAAACAGAAGCAAUAACAAUUGAAACAGCAGCAACAACAAACACAAUGGGCAAUACCAAAAACAAAACAAAUAUUGAAACAGCAGAUAGCACAGCCGCCGUAGCGGGAACAACAGCUACAGCAACAGCAACAGCAGCACCAGCGCGAGCAUCAACAAGCGAGAUAAUAACAAAUAUAAAAGAUACAGAGGCCAGCGACGUACAAAUGACAGAUAUGGCAACCCCAGAGGGUAAUGGCGACGGCAAAAGCAACGGCAAUGGUGACUCCACAGUCCAAGAGGCCGCCGCCACUAGUGCCACUAUUGCCACCGCCACCGCCACGGCCGCCGUCGUUAUUGAUAACACCACCGACACUAAGCCACAGCCACAGCCAUUAUUGACAGCGGAAGGCGAUAAUUGGGAAUGCAAUGAGAUGGAAUUGUGUCGCUGUUGUGGCAAGCCCAAUGUCACGCUCUAUGAUCUCUUCCCCAACACCAUUGCAGACGACAACUCGAUUGUUGCGAAGGGGAAUGCAAUUGAAACCCCGGAUGCGGAAAAUACUGAAGCGCAAGUGAUGGCGAAGGAAUCAGUGCGGCGACUCGCUGCUGAGAAUAAUGAUGUGAAUGAAGAGAUAGCGUGCAAUUUUGUUGACGAUGCGAAAAAUGGAGCACAAAUAAAGCACAAAACGGCUACUGACGCACCAACGGCUUCACCACUGAUCGUUACGUCGGCCGCCACCAACAAAGACACAACAAAAAGUGGUAUCUCAACGAAGAUCGAUGCGAAUGCCUCGAAUACACCGAAGCGUUGUUAUCGCACCAUAGCUGCAUCUAUUGCGGCUGCUGCGGCAUCCACAGUCACAACCAGCAUAACUGACGCGAUCAGUGACGCUCCCACCUGCCAAAAAAUCAAUGACCCAGUUGUUGCUGCCCCCGACGGCGGUGGUGUCGAUAUUGUGGAGGGUGAACGUCUGGCAGCCGGUACAAGUGUUGUUGCGCGUGUGAAAAAAUCUGCAACCGACGUGGUUGCUGCUACGAAGGAAAAUAGCGCUGCUGCUGCUGCUGCUCCCAAAAACACGGAGGCGAACAACGCCAAUGGCCAGGGACAAAGCAGCGACAACAUGGAGAAUAUUUUGCAAGAGAUGCAAAUUUGGCAGCUACGGUCACAUAAGUCACAGUCGCAGCUGUGUGUAGUUGCUUUUAACGGCGCUCAGCUGCCAGAAUUUGUGUCCAGCAAUGCGGCGGCGUGUGUGAUGAGUAAGAGCUUCAAGAGCGCUCGCAUACGUACCACCCACAAGGAUGGAAAACGUUAA